CAAUCGCAGCCGCUCGGGCCGCUGCCGGCGGUGCCCAUGGCGGCGCGGGGGUCGCGGCCGCUGGCGCUGACGCUGGCGCUGCUCAAGCCGGACGCCGUGGCGCAUCCGCUUGUGCUCGAGGCCGUGCACCAAAUCAUCCUCCGUAACCAGUUCCUCAUCGUGCGCGCCAAACAGCUGCGCUGCGAGCUUGGGCAGAGCCGCCACUUCUACCAGGAGCACGCGGGGCGGUUCUUCUACCAGCGGCUGGUGGAGUUCAUGGCCAGUGGCCCCAUGUGGGCUUAUAUAUUGGCCCAUGAGGAUGCUGUUCCCCUCUGGAGAUCCCUGAUGGGACCCACCAAAGUAUUCCGAGCCCGAAACAGCGUUCCAGACUCCAUCCGAGGAACUUAUGGCCUCACGGACACCAGGAAUACCACUCACGGCUCAGCAGAUUCCCCAGCCUCAGCCAGCAGAGAAAUUGCCUUCUUCUUCCCGGAGUUCAGCGAGCAGCUCUGGUACCAGCGGGAGGAGCCACGUCUGCGCCGCGGGCCGGUGUAUUACGACACAGAGCAGCGCGUCCACUGCGUGCUCAGGGACGAGGAAACGGAGCUGCCCUGAGUGAUCCCAGGGUACAGAAAGGUGGUGGUGAAACCCUGGGCAUGUUGCCACAUUAUCCCGUCCUUUCUCCAUCACCGUCACAGUUUGAUCUUCUCUUUUGCCCUGUUUUGAAGAGGGAGACAUUGAAUAAAGAAGAGAUUUGCUUUAGAAAGAAUGAGUGAUUCUUUCAAAAGGACUUGGAAUGAGAGCAGGGAGGGAUUCUGUCCUGCAGCAGGGAUGGGCCUGGGAAGCCUCCUUGCCUGGGGAAAGGUGAAGCAUGGAUUUUCCCAUAUAAGUCUGCUUUUCACCGUGUGCAUGCAUUGCUUCUCGUUGCGGUGAGGCCAAGUUCCUCCUUUGGCAUUCCCAGAGGAAGUCCUUCUGCUCCAGCCAAGUGCACUGUCUCUCCCAGCUUCUCCUCUCUUUAUCCCGAGCACUCAGCUGUCUUCUUGAAGACAGAGAGCCCUCUGCUCCAAGACAGGAAAGCCAUUUCCCGAAGUCAAAAAGGUUUCUUCUCCUUCCCCAAAAGACACCAAAGUGCAGCUCUGUAAGGCACAACACUUUCUCAUCCCUUCAAAAAAGCCUGGUGUGUUUAUCUAAAUCCUUAUUCCAGAAAGAGAAAAUUCACACCAUUUCCUGCCCCCUGGCAAAACCUAGGUCAGGGAUUCCAGGUGGAGAGGCACAAGGGGCUGUGCAGUUGCACAGGAUUGACUGAACGUUUGGCAGAGUGGUGAAACCCUGGCAGAGGCUGCCGAGGGCAGGGGUGGAGUCUCCAUCCCUGGAGGGGUUCAGAAAACCAUGUGGCUGUGGUGCUUCAGGACAUGGUUUAAUUGUCACAGAGGGGUUGGGCUGGUGGUUGGACUGGAUGAGCUUGGAGAUAUUUUCCAAUCUUAACGAUUCUGUGAUCUGGGAGCUGUGCCAGAGCUCCAUGAGCAGGACUGACCAGUGCUGGGAGCAGGCAGAGGCAUCCCCGUGGGUGCUGCAGAGCUGCCACCAGCGGAUCUGGAUGAAGCCACGUCCCACCAGACCUCGGGGGUGAAGCUGAAUGAUUUGGACCAGAGGUAGAAGCCGAAGACAGAGAGGGGCGUCGGAAUGUCUGUGGAGCCAGACACGUCUGGGUCGUGCUGCCAGGAGCCCUUGGCAGGAACGGGGAUGGGG